UAAAGACAGGCGGGUCGCCUCAGGAGCGGCCACUUUAACCCGGAAGUGACUCGGUUUCCGCCGGCCUCGGGACUACAUUUUCCGAGGUGCAGUGGGCGCAGGCGCAGGCCGCUCUCCAGGCCGGUACCGAGUGCGAGGGCCUGCGGUGUGAGCCGCUCAGGCUAUUGUUAUUUUGGAGACCAACCUUCCCCACCCUCCACCCCGUCGGAUCCACUGCAGUCAUGGGUGACACUAGUGACCUCGACCAUCAGAUAGAGCAGCUCAUGCGCUGUGAACUCAUCAAAGAAUCAGAUGUGAAAGUGCUGUGUGGCAAAGCCAGGGAGAUUCUUGCUGAAGAGAGCAACGUUCAACAAGUCGAUUCCCCAGUCACAGUGUGUGGAGACAUCCAUGGGCAAUUCUACGACCUCAAAGAGCUCUUUAAAGUUGGAGGUGACAUUCCUGAAACUAACUACCUGUUCAUGGGAGAUUUUGUUGACAGAGGCUUCUACAGUGUUGAAACAUUCUUGCUGCUGUUGGCUCUAAAGGUUCGCUAUCCAGACCGAAUCACACUAAUCAGAGGGAACCAUGAAAGCAGGCAGAUUACCCAGGUUUAUGGAUUUUAUGAUGAGUGCUUACGCAAAUAUGGGUCGAUAACAGUGUGGAGGUACUGCACUGAGAUUUUUGAUUACCUCAGCCUCUCCGCUGUUGUAGAUGGAAAGAUCUUCUGUGUACAUGGAGGCCUGUCUCCUUCUGUGCAGACUCUGGACCAGAUUAGGACAAUAGACCGGAAGCAGGAAGUACCCCACGAUGGCCCCAUGUGUGAUUUACUGUGGUCAGACCCCGAAGACACGACUGGCUGGGGCAUCAGCCCCCGUGGAGCUGGCUAUCUAUUUGGCAGCGACGUUGUUGCUCACUUCAGUGCUGCGAAUAGCAUAGAUCUGAUCUGUCGUGCCCACCAGCUGGUGAUGGAGGGUUACAAGUGGCAUUUCAAUGAAACUGUUCUAACCGUGUGGUCAGCACCCAACUACUGCUACAGGUGUGGAAAUGUUGCCGCAAUACUUGAAUUGGAUGAGCAUUUGGAGAAAGAGUUCACCAUUUUUGAAGCUGCUCCUCAAGAGUCACGAGGCGUGUCGGCCAAAAAGACAAUUGCUGACUACUUCCUCUGAAGGUCUGCGGAACGUUCUGGAACCUCGCCGUGAACUCUUAAGCCUGCCGCCGAAGGAGGGAGGGAGGUUAUGAAAUAUGUGUUAUAUUUGUGAACUGCCCUUACAUUCCUGAAGACACAGACGAGGCAAUCUGCCUUCUUCCUGGAGAGGUGGCCAUCUUGCCCAGGACCAUAGCAACGAGAGGCCAUGUUGAUCUCUGGCUUUGCGGCUCUUCCUUAAAUUGGUGGGAGGGGGUUUAGAAAUGUCAAUGAACUUUAGAGAAAUCACUUGCCUGUGCAAGCUGAAUAGCAGUGCUGAAGAAAUGAUUUGCCCACUUGUUCCCUCUGGGUCAAAACAAAAUUAGCACUUUUUUUAGAGAAUUUUUAAAAGAUUUUUUUAAAUCGCUAUGAAAUUUCCUCUGUGCACAGUGAUCUGUGAAUUGUUCUAUUCCCAGACAUGCAUCUCAUGAAUUCUGGUACCUAGGUUUUAUUUUUGCAAGGAGAGCCAACUUGUUAUAAAUAGUGUUAGUAAAACUUUGAAAAUUCCCUUCAUAGAUGAUUAUAAAUGGAAAAGAAGCUUUGUAGUCUUAACAUGUUUUUAAAAAUAAUUUACUUUAACCUGCUGCUGUACAAAGUGAAUUGGAUUUUCUACCGAGCUACUUGAAUUGAUCUGUGGACCCACUGUGCCCUAUUCUCCACCAGGCUAGAUAAAUGGUGGAACUCAAGAACCAGUCACUGAAAUUUGAUUUCCCUUGGCACUUCACUCCUUGAACUGCGGAAACCCCCUCUGUCUUGGUGAGGAGUCUGAAGUAUGGCAAACCAUCCACAUAAAAAUCCUACUGGGACUUUGUAUGGUAAUCUGUAUUUAGGGGCUUCCAGCUCUGGUCAAAGCAUUUAAAAUCUGAUGCUGAAACGGUAUGGUUGGAAAAAGUCCAGUUUUGUGACUGUUCCCAAUUGAUCCAAUCUAACGAGGAGGGACGUCAAUAUCCUAGCAGCACUUUCACCCAUUGAGGUUUCACUCGGUGAGUUAUCCUGUUGUUUUUAGGCAAUUAUUGGAUUAGUCAUCGUUAGAGCAUCAUAACUGGUGAGUAGCAAAGUGAUUAAUACAGUCCUGGGCAACGGCAUCCCAUUGAACUUUCACUUUACUCCAAUAAUGUGCAGCCAGAAUUCAACAACUGAACAUUGUUCAUUACGACUCACUGUUGCUUUUCAACCACCAAUUCUUUUAAGUGGUUUUGAUUUUUUGAGCAUUUAAAAGGAAGACUAAGACUAGGGUACAAGUAGUGUCCAACAGGUAAGGUAAUUUUAGUGGGGGGGGGGGGGGGGGGGGGGGUGGUUAGUAUGACUAAGUGAAUGCUAUGAUAUGGCAUUUGGGAAGGGGGUCAAAGAGAAAUAAAAAGGAUUCCACAAGUUCAUCUUGCUUGAGGUGCAAGGGGCCUGGUUGCAAGCACACGAAACAGGAUCCAACAGGAGAUGGACUAUUUGCUUCUCCUUUGACUAGGGGUCGAUGGACACAGUUGUGAAACAAAGUGCGGGUGGUAUUCAGCACAUCUGGCAUCGGGAGAGCCAAGCUAAGAGGUGAACAGGAAUCGGGGAGUACCCUUACCAGUGGACAUUGCUGGCACAUGACUUGCCGGCUAUCACACGUGCUCUGCUCCCUCUGGGCAUUGAUCAUCUGUGAUGGAACUGAAUAUGCACAAAGCCAGCUCCCUGAUGUAACUUUCCCAGUCCAGCCUGCCUUGCCUUGCUGUCUAUUCCAUUCCAUCCCUAUUGCACAUCCAUUGAAAGACAUUUGGAUAUGCAGCUAGUGUUGAAUGUUGAUGAGCAACAGUGUCUGGCUAAACUGCCUCCUGAUGUGGAGUCGGUUCACCUUCAGCCAUUACUAUUGUUGUUCAUUAAACACCAUAAAUAGUCUGGUUUUGGUUCUCAUCUCCUCGACUGGUUUUGAUCCUCCGGGUGUCUUCCCUUGUCCCCUCCUCUCUGGGACAUAUCUGUCAUCUGGAAGUUGAAUUGCUGGCAGGAACGCUGGUUAAAGUGAGUAACCUGAUGGUAUCUGACAUCUGAGCAACAGCUUGGUGCAGGUGAGCCACUACCUGGACGGCAACUACCUUGCACAGAAUCAGAAGUUCAGUAAAGGUCUCGUUCUUGUCAACUGCUUUCGUCUAUUCCUUUUGACCUUGGAAUAUCUUAAUUUUCCCUACAUUUUAAGCUGUGUGUUAAGGUUGGGCUUUAAGGCCGCAGUAGUAGAGGCAAAAUCACCAAUGCCUAGCUAGCUGAUCUUCCUGAGGCCCAGCAGGGGGGCAGUGUGGCUCUGUGAGUGCAAACUGGAGAUUAUGAUGAGUUUAACUGCAUUUCAGCAAAUCAUUGCAAUCUGUGUCGCUCCUUGCACAUGCCUGAUAUUCGUAAAUUCACAGUUUGCUAUUGCUACCGUACCCUUGAACUGAAGGCCUCAUAAAAAGGGAUUAGCCUCGUGUCUGAUCAUUCAAUGACCUCCAUCAAAUGCUAGUGAAAGUAGGCGUGUGUGAACAGCAGACGCAGCCUCUGGUUAAAAUGCAGUUGAGCAGCUCGAGAGAAACAAAAAUACAUGUUCAGAGCAGUACUGGAAAUUGAUCUGGAGGCGGCUGACCUGUCAUUGGGCACAGGAGGUCCACCCAAUAAUCUGCACCCCAGUCAGGUUUGCUUGUCCACUGUCCAGUGCCUCUUGUUGCCCAACUAAACACCAUGGGAAGGGUGCCACAUUGUUGUAACAGUGCAGGGCCAUCACCUGUAACUAACCACUGCAGGAAGAAACUGAUCUGAUGAAUGCUGAUAAUCACUUGUAGUUAGUUGCUCAUUCAUUUUUUUUUAAUCCAUUGAAAUAGUUUUGCAUAAAUUACCAGGUUUUUUCCAGUGGGGGAAAAUGCUGUUAUUUUUGUAGUAAUUUAUAUUCUGCUUCCAUGUUUCAGUGGAGUAUUUCCUUAAAUAUGCUGGAUUUCUGCACUAUCUAGAGCCAAGACCACGAAGACCAUGGAUGUGCAAGCAGGACCAGUGUUGUAUUUGGUCACCUAAUAAGUCACUUCGAGUUGUGAAUAGGAAUUUGUUAUGUCAACUAGGUGAUUUUCUUUUCCUCCCCCUCAAAGUGUGGCUUUAAAUAAAGUUUUAAUACUGUGACAAA